AUGGGGAAUACCCGUUGGGGUUUGGGAAUCCGUCUCGUUUUCAUUAUAUGUGUUUUUUCAAUGACAGCGUCACAAAAAUGGUUGGGUGGUGGAAAUCAAACAGCACCUUCUUGUUCUAUUCAAGAGAGACUAGCUCUUCUCAAGUUCAAACGCAGCAUCAAAGAUGACCACGGAAUGCUUUCAUCAUGGGGGGUUGGCAAUGACUGUUGUAGCUGGGAAAGAGUCGGCUGUGAUGAUGCCACCGGAAGGGUUGUCAGCCUUCAACUCAGAAGUAAUGUAAAGGAAGACUACUACCUAAUUGAUCGACCAUACGCGUUGGGUUCGAAAGACUAUUACUAUGGUGAUAGGGACUACUACUUAGAAGGUGAUGAGCUGAACACUUGUUUGACAGAGUUGGUGAAUCUAAAACAUCUAGACUUGAGCGGGAAUGAUUUUCAACAAAGCCAAAUUCCAGAGUUCAUCGGAUCCUUUAGACAGCUAAGGUAUCUCAAUCUCUCUGAUGCAGGUUUCACCGGUAAUAUCCCUCAUCAAAUUGGAAACCUUUCCAAUUUGAAGGUUCUUGAUCUCGGUACACCACAAGAAUACCUGCUGUCACAUGAUAUGUCAUGGAUUUCUGGCCUUCCAAAACUCGAGCAUCUUGACUUGAGUGGAGUGGAUCUUAGUAGAACACAAAACCUCGACAACUUACUUUACAUGAUUCCUUCAUUAUUGAAAGUAAGUUUGUCCAGGUGUGGACUAUCUGUGGCUCAUCUUGGAUCUCAUCAUCUUAAUACCAGUAGAGAUCUUGCUAGCAUGAGACACCUGGAUCUUAGUGAAAAUGGUUUCAGAGGACAACUCCCUAGCUUAUUUCUGAACAUGACAUCCCUAGCGUUCCUUGAUCUUUCGGAGAAUGAUGUUAGUAUGGCAUGGAGCUUUGGAAACUUGUUGAACAUGAUACCUUCUCUAUUAGAGCUGCGUUUAUCACGUUGUGGGCUCCAAAAGGUCAAUCUUUCUCUCGCUAAUCUUAAUUUCAGUACACAUUCUAACAUGCAACACCUCGAUCUUAGCCAUAAUGAAAUUGAAGGUGGAUUUCCAUCUGUUUUAGCAAACAUGAGUUCUCUGAUGUCUCUUGACCUUUCGGAGAACAUUUUGAAUUCAUCAAUUCCUGUCAUGCCUAACCUUCUUAAGCUCGAUAUUUCUGGAAAUGAAUUUAGGCAGAUUGAGGAUGUUGGAAUCUGGAGACAGUGUCACCUCAAGGAAUUGAUUGUUUCAUACAAUCAUCUUGAAGGAGAAAUGGUUGGCCCAUUAACUAAUGCAUCCAAGUGCUCUCAAUACGCAUUGGAGAUUCUGUAUUUAGAUAUGUGUGGAUUAAAGUGUUCAAUUCCAGAAUCUCUCGGAAGAUUGACCAAUUUAAGAAGCUUAGAUCUAUCUUCAAAUGCACUCACAGGUGCAAUCCCUGAAGCUCUGAGAAAUUUAAGAUCAUUACAAGAAUUAUAUCUAUCUGCUAAUCAAUUGAUCAGCCCUAUCCCAAAUUUCCAUAGCCAACUCACCAAACUUCGACUUAAUCAUAAUCAGUUGAAUGGUUCUAUUCCGGAAUCAUUGGGAAGACUAACAGCCUUAACAGAAAUAUUUUUGAACUCAAACCGUUUUACAGGCCCUAUCCCAGUAUUUCUAGGAAGACUCACUUCAUUAAGAGUGUUUUCACUAUCUUCAAAUUUGUUAAACGGGACCAUUCCAAAUUCAAUUGGGAAACUCACCAAACUCAAUGUGUUAGAUGUCUCUAACAACUUUAUACAAGGAGUGGUUUCGGAAGACCAUUUUGCUAACCUCUCGUUGUUAAAGUAUUUAGAUGCAACUUCUAAUAAUAAAUUGCUUUUCAAUAUCUCACAUGAGUGGAUACCUCCAUUCCAAUUAAAACUCAUUCGACUUGGUUCUUGCAAGAUUGGAGAUAACUUUCCACAAUGGAUUCGAACUCAAAAGAAUCUUGAGAAGUUAGUGCUGUCGAAUGCUAGCAUAUCCGGACCUCUUCCCACAUGGUUGCGCCUCAUGCCCGUUAUAAGUGCCUUAGAUCUCUCUUACAAUAAACUCACUGGUCCUUUGUCUAACCUUCCUUCUGUAUAUGACGGUAGAUAUGAAUUUUAUGGAGAAUUAUUUUUGCAAAAUAACCAUUUUAGCGGGUUGAUUCCAAGUCGAUUGUGCAGAAGAACAUAUCUGGAAAUUCUUGAUCUUUCUAGAAAUAGGUUGUCUGGGAAAAUUCCCAAGUGCCUAUGGAAUCUACCCUUGAUGGUGAUGCUACUUAGUUCAAAUAAGUUAUCUGGUGUCAUACCGAGUCCUUUAGGCUAUCCAUCCUUGCAAUGGUUACAACUGAAUGACAAUAACUUCAGUGGAGAGCUUCCACGAGAGUAUGGGUAUUUUGUAAAUUUAACAGUCUUGGAUUUGGGUGAGAACCAAAUCUCAGGAAACAUACCGAACUGGAUCGGAGAAAAACUGAGUUUGUUAAGUGCUCUAAGAUUGCAUAAGAAUAAUUUCACUGGACGAAUUCCCCACUCUUUGUGCAAAUCCGGACUGCAAAUUCUAGAUCUGGCACACAACAACUUAACAGGAUCAAUCCCUCAUUGUUUUGGAGAGUUGAGUGGCAUGAAAGGGAAAUCUGCUGUCAACUAUAUGAUUAUUUAUUUGCCUUUGUCUGUUUAUAGUAAUAUGAUGCAAGUCCUCAAAGGCGUUGCACUUAACUAUACAAGCACCUUGAAAUACGUCACAAACAUAGAUCUUUCGAGCAAUAAACUUGUUGGAGAAAUACCUGAAGCGCUAACCACACUUGAUGCAUUGAUGGGUCUCAAUUUGUGUAAUAAUCAUUUUAGCAGGGGUAUUCCAAAAAACAUUGGGAACAUGAAGUCGUUAAUUUCUCUCGAUUUGUCAGCAAAUGAGUUGACUGGGACGAUUCCUCUGAGCAUAGCAGCUUUAAAUUUCCUGAGUUACUUGAAUUUGUCGCACAACAACUUGUCAGGACAAAUUCCAACGGGAAAUCAGUUACAGACGCUUACAGAUCCAUCAAUGUAUUCUGAUAACACGUAUCUCUGUGGUAAACCACUGCCAAAGGAAUGCUCUCCUCAUGAAAACACGACAAGCAAGAACAUAUACAAAAAUGCUAAUGAGCCAAAGAAGGUAUGGUUUUACUUGGACGUAAUGAGUGGCUUUGCAACGGGUUUUUGGGGUAUUAUUGGAGUGUUGUUUUUCAAGAAACAAUGGAGGCGUAAACUUUUCAUGUAUUCUGAGAUAGCAAUGGACAAGAUAUAUGUUGCAGUCGCGGUUAGAGUUUUGAAGAUGAAAAGAGGAAGAGGAAGGGAGGCUGCAUAGAUAUUUCAGAACUCAAGUAACUGUGGAAUUCCUUAUCCGCUAUGGCGCUAUAAAUAAUUGCUUUCCUUUUGGUGCUUCUUAAUAUUGUUAUUGUGCAUUUAUAUUUAUA